CGUGCUGUCGAGACCAGGAUUGCGUUGAACAGGCGUCGGGAGAUACUGGGAGGAUUGGGUGUCGUGGGCCAAGAUUUCCCUGGUCAGGGGCUGAAUAUUUCCGAAGUGCGCGGACGUUGUUUGCGGCUGCUGUUUUUUAACGUGCUAUGAGUAGUUAUUGCCGAGGGGCUGUUUGGUUCUAAACUUAACGCCUCAGUCAUUACCCUGGUGAGCUCUCCAGGGAGAGCACAAAGACUGUCGAAUGCCGAUACACACCCACAAUAUCUAGACAUGUUUCAACCGAAAAAUACGUUCUUUUUCCGAGGGCUUGGUUACAUCUUUACACCCAAGCUUAAGGAGCGGCUGCGGUCGCUGGUGCUGCUGACGGCCGGCGGCUCGCUCUCCUUCUACGGCAUCGGCCUGUGGAGCAACGAUGCCCGCUUCUACCGGUCGCUGGUGAUGCCGGCCGUGCAGCGGCUGGACCCGGAGACGGCGCACCGGGCGGCCGUGCUGGCCGGCAAGUACGGUCUGGUGCCGCGCGACCGCACGCCGGACUCCGGCGUACUGAGGACUUCGCUGUGGGGUCUGCAGUUCAGCAACCCCAUCGGCCUGGCGGCCGGGUUUGACAAGCAUGGCGAGACCUGCGACGCCAUGCUCGGCGUCGGCUUCGGCUUUGUGGAGGUCGGGUCGGUGACGCCGCAGCCGCAGCCCGGUAACCCGCGACCGCGCGUGUUCCGCCUGCCCGAGGACGACGCCGUCAUCAACAGGUACGGGUUCAACUCGGAGGGCCACGCGGCGGUGGCUGAGCGCCUGCGCGCGCGGCGGACCGCCGGCGGCCUUGUCGGCGUCAAUCUGGGCAAGAACAAGCUCUCGACAGACGCAGCAGCCGACUACGUGGCUGGCGUCGCCGCCUUCGCCGACCUGGCCAGCUACUUCGUCGUCAACGUGUCUAGUCCGAACACGCCCGGUCUGCGCGAGCUGCAGAAGGGGGAGGACCUGGAGCGGCUGCUGGACCGGGUGCUGGACGCGCGCGACGCCCUGACUGCGCCGCCCCGACCGCCCGUGCUGCUCAAGAUCGCGCCCGACCUCUCGGCCGAGCAGCGGCGUCACGUGGCGCGCUGCGCUCUGGCCCGCCGGGAGCGCCUGGGCGGCCUGAUCAUCAGCAACACGACCAUCAGCCGGUCGGGUCUGAAGAGCGAGCACGCGGCCGAGACGGGCGGUCUGAGCGGCCGGCCGCUGGCCGCGCUCGCCACCGACGCCAUCGCCGACAUGUACCGCCUGACUGACGGCUCGGUGCCGAUCGUCGGCGUCGGAGGCGUGUUCAGCGGCCGGGACGCCUACGCCAAGCUCCGCGCCGGCGCCCGCCUGGUGCAGCUGUACACGGCGCUGACCGUCCGCGGGCCGCCGGUGGUCAGCGACAUCAAACGCGAGCUGGCCGACCUCCUCACCGCGGACGGGUUUGCCAGCGUGGAGGAGGCUGUUGGAGCUGAUCACCGCGCCGCGGGGGGUGUCGCAAGGUCGAAUCCCCUCGCCGCUGCUGCCAGCUAACGGCUCACCAGGACAUUGGCGACCCAGGACUCAGGACUCUGCGGCCGACGGUCGGCGGCCAUUUGUGUGUUACGUCCGUGUGAUAGGCGAAGGAGAAUGUGUAGUUUUUGUGCACUGUUUAGAAGGAGCUGAAUGAUUUGUUUACUGGCUGGCGCGAGGGUCAAAGGGUGCGUGCAGAGCCGGAUCGGCCGCUGUAGGCCGCGGUAACGAGUGCUGUGCUCGACCUGCAGUGUCAACCACCGACAUGUCGGACAAUCCACGUGUACCCUCAGUCGUGGUGCUCAACAAUACACAUCUUAUGUAGUGUACAAACACGUCAACGUACAAUACAUCACGCAGCGAUA